GAUUCAUGAUCUUGAGCCGUCUUCAAUAAUCGUAACAGUUUUUCCCGGCGCGCUGCCUGCUACAAACGCGCGAAUUAAAAUGUUGUUGUUUAAUAUUUUGGGGAUUUUAACACUUUUGACUGCAGGAUCAUGUCGAAUGAUCGACAUAAUGCCAAAACCGAAGACCCUGGGGAAACAAUUAUUUUUGAGUAGACAUGUUGUGACAGAAUCAAGUGAAUUUGAUGGAGGAGUGCUGGUUAACGAAGAAGGAAUAAUAGAUGCGGUGCUCAAGCGAGAUAUGAUCAAUUCGAUUCUGUCACAGAAUCUUAAUGAAUUGAAGAUAAUCGAUGGUGGUGAGUUAGCGUUAAUGGCCGGCGUGGUGGACUCCCACGUCCAUAUCAAUGAGCCAGGCCGCAACUCCUGGGAGGGGUUCGUGACGGCCACUCAAGCGGCUGCAGUGGGGGGCAUCACCACUAUCAUCGAUAUGCCGCUAAACUCUAUACCGCCUACAACUACUCUGGAUAAUUUGAGGAGUAAGGUUUCUAUAGCUCAAGGGGAGGUGUUUAUUGAUGUCGGAUUUUGGGGAGGAGUGGUCCCCGGUAAUGAAAUAGAGCUUCAUGACCUGAUCAGAGCAGGAGUGGUUGGUUUUAAGUGUUUCUUGACUGAUAGCGGAGUGUCAGAGUUUCCGAAAGUUACAGCCACGGAUUUGAAAAAAGUUUUCACAGUUCUGAAUGGAACAGGGACAGUUUUAGCUUUUCACGCGGAGGUGACUAAUAAUAGUCUGAGUAACAAUGUAUGCAAUAAAGGUGGUUGUUCAGACCCAACUCUGUUCACUACGUUCAUGGCUACACACCCCGAAGAUAUGGAACUAGAAGCUGUUAAGCUAAUCACAUCAUUUUUACCACAUACAGACGUCCAUGUCCAUAUAGUCCACGUAUCGGCCGAAGGUGUGGUGCCCAUACUAGAGCAGGCCAGGGAAGAACGGUUGAAAUCUGGUUUCAAGGGCUGGAGGGGAGGUAUUACUGCCGAGACCUGUAACCACUACCUGACCCUCAGCUCUGAGCAAAUUCCACCUGGGCACUCCGAGUUCAAAUGCUCGCCUCCUAUCAGAAACAAUACAAACAAGCAAAAACUUUGGGAAUAUAUAAGAAAGGGAAGAUUAGAUUUAGUGGUGUCCGACCACUCUCCUAGUGUCGAGGAUCUCAAAGGAACAAAUUUUUUGACUGCAUGGGGCGGCAUAUCAUCACUUCAAUUUGAUCUUCCAUUAUUUUGGACGGAGGCCAAGGCCCGGGGCUACUCGUUGAGCACAGUGAGCCAUUACCUAUCUGCCGGGCCUGCCAGGCUCGUAGGCCUCCAAGACCGCAAAGGCGCGCUGCGGCCUGGCCUCGAUGCUGACCUCAUCUUCUUCGACCCCAACGGCUCUUUCAUAGUCACGCCUGAAGUCAUUCGUUAUAAAAACAAGAUAAGCCCAUACAUGAAUAGAGUUCUAAAUGGAAUAGUGCAUAGAACAUACUUGCGCGGGCAACUAAUCUACUCUGAUGGAGAUUUGGUCGGCAAGGAGGCUCGGGGGCAACUUCUGCUUAGAGAGGCCUAUGAAUUACCAAAAAAUGAAACCAAAAAUGAAGAGACGAUUGUCCUAGAAAUGGAUCAAAUUCACCAUCUAGAUGAGAAUGAUACCGCCACAAGAAUACUUAAACCACAUAUUUCAAUGCCCAGUAUUAGUGAAACUAUCGCCCAAAUAUCAGCCAAAAAAUCGAAUGCCCAAGAAGAUAAUGAAAAUCACACUAAAGAUAUUCUAAGCAACAUGACAACUUCAAUUGAUAACAAAAUUAAACAUGUAGAUUACCCGAUCAUCAUGGAGAAUUUUGAAGAUGGGGCAAAUCUAGAGACAAAUAAGACAGCAGUUAAAGCAGAGGAUCAUUUUAAUAACAAAGCGACUAUUCCAAACAAUGGUGCCUUACAGCCUGCAAAACCAAUCGAAACAAUGGAAGUGGAAACUGCUAAAAACUUUAGAGUAAAUAGUGCUACAUGUAUUACAAGCAAUUUGUUAAUGUUCUUUAUUACUGUUGGAGUUGUUACAAAGUAUAUUAUGUAGGUAAAUUAUGUACCUAUUCAUCUUAGUAGACAUUGUAUGAAACGUAGGCAAGAAUUAAGUAUGUAACGUUCUUACACAAAUAUUUUUUUUUGUAAAUUUUUAAAUGUUUUACGAAAUUACAGUAAAAAUAAAAAGAAGUAAGUAGUAAAAUCUGCUAAUUUUAAUAAAAUCUUGUAAAAAAUGCUAAAAUCUAAACUUACUAGUUACCAUACUGGCUGGUAGGGGAGAAGGAGGUAAGAUGGGGUGGCGGGUAAGACGGGGUACCCAGCAAAAAUCACAGUUUUAACUGACCAAUCACGCUCGUUUAUACAUCGUUCGAUGCUCCGCCAUGACACCUAUCAGUCGCCCGGCCAUUAACAUCACAAGUGCACGCGUGUAAAAUAUAUCUUGAAAAAACUGUUUUGCUGCAAAUUGCUUGUCAUAUUUUCUUCUGUUUUGGCACGUGACUAUGGUUUGUUUAAUAACGCUAGCUGAUGAUGUGUGGCUGUGAUUGAUGCUUAAACAAACCUAUAAUAAGGUAGGCAUUGUGUUUUCUAGAGAUUGCUGUUUGUUUUUUUUUUCUUUGAAUAUUAUUAGAAAAUGACUUAGCAGGUAAGAUGGGGUAAUGACUUCUCCAAAACAUCUCCUUUCCCUUUCGGUUACCAAAAAAACCUUUCGUGUUACUAAAAAACGUGGGAAAACACAAAUUAUCACGUCGUCUCCCUACAAACAAGAAUUAUAAGUCACCGCCCAAAAGAAAAAAGAUGCUGAACAGAAGAAAAUUGAGAAAGUAGAAACAAAGAAGAGAAAAGAGGAAUUGAAAAAAACAGAAGAAAGCUACUACAAAAACUCCAGCAAAAACAGCAAAACGACGAAGAGUUACAGAGACUUCAUCUGAAAAUUAAAGUGAAGAAGAGGAUACACCAUGUGUGAUGCAGUGAAGUAUAUUCCGCUUCCAUUGAGGGGUGGAUAUCAUGCUCACAUUGUAGAAGAUGGUCACAUAAUAGCUGUGUGGGAAUUGAUGACGAUGAUGACGAAGCCAGCCAUCAUGUCUGUGAGUUCUGCCACUCCAAAUAAUUAUCUUUUUGCCUGAUAGUUCUCAUUACCCCAUCUUACCUCAGGGGGGUACCCUAUCUUACCAGCACCAUGGGGUAAGACGGGGUGAAACCCCUUUUUUUCUAUUGUUAUUUUUGUCCUAAAAUGGAUAGUUAAAAGUUCCUAAUAUUGCCAAAUAUUAAAAGAGUAUUAACUAAUUGUUAAUUAAAAAAUUAAUAUGAUUGUCUAACUAUGUAUAUUUUUCUUUUAUUGAUCUUCAAAGCUUAAGUACCCCAUCUUGCCACCCUCUCCCCUACAUUGUCGUACCUACCGACUUUAGUACCUACUUAAGAAGCAUAGAAAUAAAUAGCAGAAAAAUAUCGUACUUAUUUAUUGUCUGGUAAGUAGGUAAUUUACUUAUAAUAAUUUUAUUUAGAUAUUCGAAUACCGAUACAUUUUCAGUUCAUGGAUUUAGGUGUGCGUGUAGUACCAUGGAAUUUCUGUGGAGUAAUAAUAAAGAAUGAUCACAUUUUUAUUUCGAAAUCAGUUUUUUAUAA